AUGACUAACUAUUAUGUGAAAACCCCGUUAAUGCAUCGUCAUUUCCCCAAUCUUGGGGACUCCAAUUAUGCCUCACCAACUUUUAUGGUGAAGUAUGAGGGUUUUCAACCCGGCGGAAGCUUCAAGAGUAGAGGAAUAGGAAAUUUAAUAUACAGUAAAAUGAAGACAAUCCAAGAAAGCACUAACAAAACUGCCGAGGUGUUUGCAAGCUCAGGCGGAAAUGCAGGUUUAGCUGCUGCAACGACAUCUCAUCAAUUGGGACUGAAAUGUACGGUCGUUGUGCCUAAAACUACCAAACCUGCUAUGAUAGCUCGAAUCAAGUGUGUCAAUGCAACAGUGCUCAUUAGGGGAGAGGAUAUUUAUGAGGCUGAUCAGUACCUUAAAAAAGAACUUUUAGGUCGUCUGGACUAUAGUAAAAUCGAUCCUAUAUAUGUUCAUCCUUUCAACAAUCCGUUAAUAUGGAAGGGUCACUCGUUCCUGGUCGAUGAAAUUGUAGACUGUUUGAGGGAUGACGGUAUAAAAUGGAGCAAUAUAAAAGGCAUUGUAUGCAGUGUUGGUGGCGGCGGGUUGUUCAAUGGUAUAGUACAAGGGCUCGAAAGGCAUAAUUUGGCAGACAAAGUUCCUAUAAUCGGUGUAGAAACUAGGGGAUGCGAAGUAUUUUUUGAGUCCAUAAGGCAAGGAAAGAGGCUUGAAUUCACUAGACCUCACAGCGUAGCUACGUCUUUAUGCACGUCAACUAUUACUGAGGAAACCCUUGCGUAUGCAAAACGGUACUCCAGUAAAUCGUUGGUAUUAGAGGAGCACGAUGUUAUCGAUACUUGCUUAAGAUUCACUAAUGACAGUAAUAUGGUGACCGAGCCAGCCUGUGGUGCGGCUUUGCAUGUUGGAUACUACCCUGAGCUACUUCAUCGUGCAUUAGGUCCCCUUAAUAAAGAUGACAUUAUCAUCAUAAUUGCCUGUGGUGGAUUCUCUACAUCUGUUGCAGAUCUCAAAGAAUUGAAAGUGAAAUAUGAACAACAGAAUCAACAGCAGUCGCGCGCAAAAGCAACUAGUUCGGACAUUCCUUCUUCAUGUAUGAAUUCUCUUAAUGAAAUGCCAUUAGCAAGGAUCAUAUCACUAUAG